AUGAAAGGAAUUCCUGCAAGUCGGGGUUCAGGAUCGACUGAUCCGUCGAAGCGCGAUCACGCGAGGACUCCUGGUGUGACUGUACCAGGUUGUGACGGUAACGCGGGUAUCGCUGAGACACCCGCGUCACCGCACCCAGCAGCUUUGCAUUCAGCCACGUCAGCAUCAGCAUUAUCAACAUCAGCAGGAGCAGGAACAGCACCGCAGCCAACCUUAUCCGCCGUCAGUUCCUCACCCUCGAUAUUAGCUGCCGCGUUCUCCCUCUUUCCAUCGUCGCCGUUCGCUGAAGAGCUCCCCUCGCCGUUGUCACCCCCGGAUCUGUCACCUCCGCGUUCCCCCUCCGUACAGUCACCGGCGCAGGAGGAAGUGGAGCUCGAGGCGCUAGCGGGGACGACAGGGGGAAACGGCGGAGGAGAAAGGCGCGCAUCCGCGGAUGGGGGGGAAGGGGAAAGGGGGGGAGCCAUGCGGAGGGAAGAAGGAAACGGGGGUUUGGAGGGGGAUGCGGAGGCGGAAGCGGGAAUAGGGGAGGCUGGGGGGGAGUUAGGGGGAGCGGGGGUCCAGUUGGGGUCAGGGGAGGGAGCAGCAGCAGCGUCUGGGCUUGUCUAUUGGACCGGUGUAACGACAGCUACAGAUCCCCUGGGGAGCGUUCAGUGCCCCAAUUCUGAUGUUGAGCAGGUCCGAGCCGUGGCUUCCAGGUUACUUCCUGCCAUAGCAGCGGCCACAAUCGACCAAUUAGAGAGCUCGGUAACUCUCUUUACCUCCCCUCCAUCCCCGUUAGAAGCAGCAGAGGCAGUCAAAGGCGAGCUGCUCACGUUCCUUGACUCCCGCACCAAGGGCCUCACCGCCCCUGCUGUAACCCCUCCUGUUGCUGUUGAUGUUACCGAGGCUUGGACCGGGGUCUGGCAUGGGCAUGGGGGAGAGGAAGAAGAGGGGGGAAGAGGGGGGAGUGGAGGAGCAAGGGGAGGGGGAGAAGUGGGGGAGGGUGGAGCAGAGGCAGCAGCUAGUAGUUCAAGGAAAGAAGCCUCAGUGUCAGGAGUGCAGCAGGAGAAGCAGAAUGGAGAGGAGGAGAAGCAGCCGUUCAACUCUCCUGUGGUUACCACCAUCCAGGCUCUUCUAGACGAGUUUGUGGCUCAACGCCAGAGCUUGCUGAGUCGCUUUUCGUCCGCCUUCAGGCGUGUGGAAUAUACUGAAGAUAAGGUUGCAUCUCUGGCUCAGCAGUUAGAGGAGUCUGAUCUGCUUGACAAGGCUUUAAGGAUCAACCUUGCUCAGUCGCUUAUUCGCCGCGUCGACGCCGCGGGUACUGCGCAUUGCUCGGCGCAAUUCGGCACUGUCACGGGGUUGAAUUCGCACCGGGAACGGUGCCCGUUUGAGGAGGUCCAGUGUGCGAACGCGCCCUGCUGGGAGCGGGUGUCUCGGUACAGGAUGGGCGUACACGAUAAGAAGUGCCCCCUUAAGAUUCUUCCGUGCCGGCAGGGGUGUAGACUGACAAUAGCGCGAGCCGGGAUGGAGAGACACUGUGCGACGGACUGUGGGAUGAAAUCCGUCCCCUGCCCGUACGCCCCUAUGGGGUGCACGCUGCCUCUGCUGCAAAAGGACGUGGCGAAGCACUGUAGAGAGCGGGUGGAGGGGCAUUUGCGGGCGGCGUGCCAGCUGGUGGUGGAGAUGAGGCAGGAGGGGCAGGUUGUAGCGCGACGGCUUGACAUGCUGGAGAAGUCUAUAUCCCUCACAGAGAGACAAGGGAAGGUGGAUGUGGAAAUGGUGCGCAAGGAGCUUCAAGCAUCCAACAAGAAAGUAACAUCACUGGAGCAAGAGUUAAGGGCUGGGAGCCGCAGCAUUCUCUUCCCAUGCAUCUGCCCGCGAAGCGCAAUGUCGACCUCGCGCCGCCGUGUUGCCACGCAUCGCCAGAACAAGCAGCGUCUCGCGCGCCGAGCCAGCCGCGAUCGGUGGAAUCUGCAGCAGCUGCUGAUCGCGGAGCGCAGAGCACUCGGACCGUCUGUGGCCGGGUCGUAUUUUUAUCAGAGGGAGGACGCGGAGGGGAAGAAGCCGCUGUUUUCGUUCGGCGUGAUGACGGACGUGCAGUACGCUGAUAUCGACGACGGACAUUCGUUCCUAGGCAUCCCUCGGUUCUACCGACACAGCUUAGAAGUGGUGAAGAGGGCGGUUCGCGACUGGAACCACGAGACGAAUCACAUUUCCUUCGCAGUGCAUUUCGGCGACCUCGUCGACGGACUCUGUCCUCGCGAAAAAUCGCUCGAGGCGUUUCAAACGGUUCUGGGCGAGUUCGGCAAGUUGGCCAACGGUCCUGUAUACCACAUGCUAGGCAACCACUGUCUCUACAACCUCCCCAGGAAAACCCUCAACAAGCUGCUCGCCAUGCCUCCCUCCGCCGACCACCGCUCCUACUACCACUUCUCCCCCUUCCCCGGCUUCCGCCUCGUCGUUCUCGACCCGUACGACAUCAGCAUGAUCGGCUGGCCGUCCGGCCACCCGCAUGCUGAGCUGGCGGCGGAGAUUCUCGGGCGGCAGAAUCCGAACGAGGAGAAGAACAGCCCGGAGGGGAUGGUGGGGAUGCAGCGGCGGUUUUUGAAGUUCAACGGGGGAGUGAGUGAGACGCAGCUGGGUUGGCUGGAGGGGGUGCUGAGGGAGAGUGAUGAGUGUGGGGAGACGGUGAUCAUCUGCUGUCACCUGCCUGUGGAGCCCAACGCUCUUCCCACCUCCACGUGCCUCAUCUGGAACUAUGACAAGGUGAAUGCUGCUCCCUGUUCCCGAUCUCCUAACUCUCUAGUAUCCCUCACAUUCCCUUCCCUUUCCUCCCCCCAUCUCCCUUCCUCCUCCCCCACUCCCCCCCCCCCCCCCUCCCCCUUCCCGCCUUCUCACCCUCUUUGUUACCCGCGCUUGACUAAUCUGCUUGACCCCGUGCAUGUCCCUCAUCAGGUUCUCGCGACCAUUCAGCAGCAUGACUGUGCGGUGGCAGUCAUUUCCGGCCAUGCUCACUUUGGAGCGUACACCUGUGACGACAAGGGCAUUCACCACCGGAUUCUUGAGGCGGUGAGUGGAAACUUCUGGCUGGUCGUUUCUUUGCCUUGA